ACGGUUUAAAUGGAGGCGCGAUGACAAUAGAAAACUCUCUCUCUCAUUCUCUUCUUUGUUUAGCGUUCUAGGGUUUUUGCUUCUCGAUCUUCUACUGCUCAAAGGCUUAGCAAGGAUGGUGAGAGUCAGCGUCCUGAAUGAUGCUCUCAAGAGCAUGUAUAAUGCUGAGAAGCGUGGGAAGCGCCAAGUCAUGAUCAGACCCUCCUCAAAAGUGAUUAUCAAGUUCCUCUUGGUUAUGCAGAAGCAUGGAUACAUUGGUGAGUUUGAAUAUGUUGAUGACCACAGAGCUGGAAAGAUAGUCGUUGAGUUGAAUGGUCGAUUGAACAAAUGUGGUGUUAUUAGUCCAAGGUUUGAUGUGGGUGUGAAGGAUAUUGAACCCUGGACCGCUAGGUUGCUUCCGUCUCGUCAGUUUGGGUACAUUGUGCUGACCACAUCGGCAGGCAUCAUGGACCAUGAAGAAGCAAGGAGGAAGAAUGUUGGCGGUAAAGUGCUCGGCUUCUUUUACUAGUUGGAGUUUUUACAGAGGAUAUCACAAAUUUCCAUGGAAUUUUGGCGGUCGAAAGAAUUUUGGAUCUCAAUAUUUGGUGUCUUUUGGUUUAUGCUUGCCUGAGAUUAAAACUUAUCUUCGUUUGCGGUUGUAGAAAAUCAAGGAGUUUUAUUUGGAGUGACAGUACGUGUUGUUUACGGUCUGUUAUCUGUUGCUUUGAGACAUUGACAUAUUGCUAUGUAAGGAUUUUGCAUCAGGAAAAAUUAGUAAUGCUGGGUUUUGUAUGGGUACUUAAUUUAGGAAGUGAUUUCUUGUUA